AGUACAGUGUACGUAGAAUCAAUUUCCUAUUCAAAUUCAAUCAUGGAUUCAAGAGCAGUUCAAACUCAUGCGCAUGAACAUCACCAUAUUUCCCACAAUGUUGGGUCACACGAAGUGCCACGUGGUGAAGAACACCACCACCAUGACCAUGAGAAGAAGUCGGUUCUUAAGAAAGUCAAGCAAAAGGCUAAGAAAAUUAAGGACACAAUUACAAAGCAUGGCCAUCAUCAUGACCAUGAUCAUGAACGUGGUCAUGGGUAUCACUACGAUGAUCAACAUAUCCCUGAUGAUCAUGACUUGGGUGAGGAAGAUGAGGUGGAUGAAUACCCAGAAGUCCAUGGAGCACCGAUUUAUGACAGUGCACCUGUUAGAGGUGCAGCACCAGGACAUGUCAAUCCUUUAGGGAGGCCUGGAGUUAACUUUGGAGGUACAACAGUUAUGGGAGAACCUCAUCAUGAGCCAAGUGUCAUAGUUGUUUCUCCAACUACUGGAAUUAAUCAAAGAGGAUCAACUGACCCAACUAGAACAUUUGUUGAGGGAGCCAAAGCAGUGCAUCCUAAGGUCAAUUUGGAGAGACCAAUGCACUUGGAGGAAGAUCCACAUGCGCCAAGGCGUACAUCUCAAGCAUAUGCUCCACCCAAUUAUCAAACAAAAGUCACUGAUCCCACGGGGGCAGGUGGAGCAGAAAUUGACAUCACCACAGUUGAGAAAUCUUUCUCCAGGAUGGCUGUUCUCAACGAGCCAAAACCUUACCCAGAACCAAAACUCUUUCCAACUAUUGCUCAAACCCACUACCCUUCUUCUGUAAGCCACUCCCAAUUCGCGCCAGAGCAUUCCACUGCAAUGAACUACCCUUCUGCUCAAAGCUAUGAUCAUUGCAUGCCAGAACUAUCCAGUGAAGUUAAAACUCAGUACCCCAAAAGCCAUAAUCAGUUUACGACAGAGUUAUCUACACCAACCAAAACUCCCUACCCUUCCCCCAAUAUCCAUGGCCACCACUUGCAACAACAAUCUAGUGCAACAAAAACCUACCCUUCAUCUGGAAGCCAUGACCAGUUUGCUCCAAUGUCAGAGUUACCUACACCAACCAAACCUCAAUACACUUCUACCAAAAUCCAUGACCAACCCUUGCCAUUGCCACAACAACCUAGUGCAACAAAAACUCAAUACCCUUUACCUGGAAGCCAUGACCAGUUUGCACCAGUGUUAUCUACUGAACCUAAAAUUCAGUACCCUUCAACAAAAAUCCAUGGCCAACACUUGCCUCACCAGUUUACUGCUACAAAAACUCAAUACCCUUCAUCUGGAAGCCAUGAUCAGUUAAAACCAGAAUUAUCUUUCUCUACUGAACCUAAAACUCCCUACCCUUCUUCUACCAAAAUCAAUGAUCACCACUUGCCACAACACUCCAGUGCAAGUGCAACAAAUGCUCAAUAUCCUUCAGCUAGAAGUCAUGAUCAGUUUCUACCUGAAUAUUCAAGUCAAACCAAAACCCCAAAAACCUAUGGAGACAACCAAACCACUCAAACAAGGCAUCAAGAAGAGAACAAAGGCAAUGAUAAACCAUCAACAAUCUCUUUAGCAACAGCUGCAAUAGCUGAUAAAGCCGUGUCAGCCAAAAACACCGUGGCUUCUUCGCUUGGAUAUGGAUAUGACGCUGACACUGAAACAACUCAAUCAAGGGACCACGAUGAGAACACCCACGGUGAAAAACCAUCAGCAAUCUCUUCAGCAGCCUCUGCAAUUGCUGAUAAAGCCGUCUCAGCCAAAAACAUAGUCACUUCCAAGCUCGGAUUUGGCGACAACACUGAAACAACUCAAACAAGCCGUCAAGAGAGAACACAACCAUCAACAAUCUCAUUGGCAACAGCUGCAAUAGCUGAUAAAGCCGUCUCAGCAAAAAACACUGUAGCUUCCAAGCUCGGAUACGGCGACAGCACUGAAACAACUCAAACAAGCCAUCAAGAACAGAACACAGGCAAUGAAAAACCAUCAACAAUCUCAUCAGCAACCUCUGCAAUCACUGAUAAAGCUGUAACUGCCAAAAAUGUUGUAGCUUCAAAGCUCGGAUAUGGCGACAACACUGAAACAACUCAAACCACUCUAGCAAGGAAUCAAGAAGAGAACACAGGCAACGAGAAACCCUCAACAAUCUCAUCAGAAACCUCUGCUUUAGCUGAUAAAGAUGCCUCGGCAAAAAACAGUGUUGCCUCUAAGCUUGGUUUCGGUGACACAGCAAGAACACAUGAAGAGAAGAGAACUAACCAUGCUGCUGCUCCAACAGAAUAUGGAAAGAGUGUUGCUCAGUCUCUGACAGAGAAACUAGCUCCAGUAUCUGGAAAAGUUUCUGGUGCAGGAAGUGGUGUGAAGUCCAAAGUUUCAGGAACUGAAAAAAUUAGUAAUGUGGGUGUGGAACAGGACAAGGGUGUUUCUGUGAAGGAUUAUUUGGUUGACAAACUGAGGCCUGGUGAUGAAGACAGGGCUCUCUCUAAAGUGAUAUCAGAGACUCUACAUAAGAAGGAAGUGCACCCAGUGGAGGUUACUGAGGAAGGUGUGAGGAAGAUGGUUUCUGAUGCAGUGCAUAAGAGAGAGGAUGAGCCAGAGAGAAAAGUGGAACAUCAAAAAAUACUGGGGAAGGUAACAGAGUCAGAGGAAGUGAAAAGAAGGUUAGGAGGUGAGGAUGUGGAGACAGAGAAAAAGUACCAAGAGAUGUAUGUGAAUAGCCCAGGGACAGGUGUGGUUGAUAAGCUUACAGGUAUGGUUGGGACGUGGUUUACCAACCCAGCAGAGAAUCAAUCCUCACAAGAUUCAUCUAUGAAUCAUGAGGCAUCAAGGGCAGAAGUGGAACAUCAAGGUGCAGCAGGUGCAAGAAGGCUACAGGAGUCACCUAAUUGAAGAAGUGGGUGUGUGUGUAUAUUUCUUAAGAGCUGUUUCUAUAGCUGUGUCUAGUUCUUAUUUGGAAAAAAGUUUGGAUGUUCAAGUCAUAGUAAAAUAAACUUUUUAUGUUUUUUUUUGUAAUGUCUAUAAUAAUUUUUCAACGCUUCUAAAUACGGUCAUAGAAGUUGGGUUUGUAUUAUGACAUAUAUACUAUUGUAUUAUGACAUAUAUACUAUUAUUAUUACUGUUAUGUAAAGUGUGUGUGAUCUGUGGAGCGUCACAGGAAAACAGUAAAAGUACUUGUGUGUUAGUAAUA